AGGGUAGGUUCCAUUCCUCUGAAGAAGACGAACUGACGUGGCGGCCAUGAUGUGGUAAAGUUACUUUGGCCUUAUCAAAGUGAACAUUGUUAUUGGUUUGCAAAGACAAUAUUUUGCGCCAUGUUAACUAAGUUUGAGACCAAAUCAGCUCGUGUGAAAGGGAUAGCUUUUCAUCCCAAAAGACCAUGGGUUCUUGCUGCACUUCACAAUGGUGUUAUUCAACUUUGGGAUUAUCGCAUGUGUACACUUUUGGAAAGAUAUGAUGAACAUGAUGGACCUGUCAGAGGCAUUGACUUUCAUGUUGCUCAACCACUCUUUGUUUCUGGUGGAGAUGAUUAUAAAAUUAAAAUCUGGAACUACAAACAAAAGAAAUGCAUUUUUACCCUCUUGGGUCAUUUAGACUACAUCAGAAGUACAUUUUUUCAUCAUGAAUAUCCAUGGAUUCUAAGUUCUUCAGAUGACCAAACUAUUCGAAUUUGGAACUGGCAAUCUAGGACUUGCAUUUGUGUAUUGACUGGACAUAACCACUAUGUGAUGUGUGCACAAUUUCAUCCUACAGAAGAUUUAAUUGUUUCAGCCUCACUUGAUCAAACUGUGAGAAUAUGGGACAUGUCAGGGCUUAGAAAGAAAACAGUGGCUCCUGGUGGAUCUGCACAAGAAGACAGCCACAAAGCACCAGGUCAAAUGGACCUAUUUGGACAAUCAGAUGCUGUUGUGAAACAUGUUCUUGAGGGUCAUGACAGGGGUGUCAACUGGGUGGCAUUCCAUCCAACGAUGCCUUUAAUUGUAUCAGCUGCUGAUGACAGACAAGUCAAAUUAUGGAGAAUGAAUGAGGCAAAAGCUUGGGAAGUUGAUACCUGUAGAGGUCACUACAACAAUGUUUCGUGUGUUUUGUUUCACCCAAGACAAGAACUCAUAUUAAGUAAUUCUGAAGAUAAAAGCAUUAGAGUCUGGGAUAUGUCAAAAAGAACUGGUGUCCAGACAUUCCGACGAGAAAAUGACCGUUUCUGGGUCAUGGCAGCACACCCUACCUUGAACCUGUUUGCAGCAGGCCAUGACAGUGGGAUGAUCGUGUACAAAUUAGAGAGGGAACGCCCCGCCUAUGCGGUGCAUGCAAACACCCUUUAUUAUGUCAAGGAACGCUAUCUUAGAAUGUAUGAAUUCGGUACGUCAAAAGAUGUACCCAUAAUGCAAUUCAGACGAAGUACUUCAAGACCAUUACCAGUCUCCUUGUCGUUCAACCCGGCGGAGAAAUGCAUCUUGCUCACUUACAAUGGAACAAAUUCGUCAGGGACAGAUUCGGCUGUUUACGAGCUCCACUCUCUCCCUAAAGACGCUAACACCAAUGAUCCUGAAGUUUCGGAGGGACGACGCGCUGCAGGAAUUAACACUGUUUGGGUUGCUCGAAACAGAUUUGCUGUAUUGGAUAAGCAGCAGAAUGUUGUCAUCAAAAAUCUAAAGAAUGAAAUCACAAAGAAAGUGCAGACUCCUCCAUGUGAAAUGAUUUUCUACGCUGGAACUGGAUGUCUUCUUUUGAAAGAUCCUGAGCAAGUUACACUUUUUGACGUGCAGCAGAAGAGGAACUUAGCCUCAGUAAAGAUCAGCAAAGUUCGAUCUGUUGUCUGGUCUUCAGACAUGACUUAUGUUGCUCUUUUUUCCAAGCACGUUCUUGCCAUCUGCAACAGAAAGCUGGAGAGCCUCUGCACCAUUCACGAAAGCGUUCGUAUAAAAAGCGGUGCCUGGGACGAUUGUGGUGUUUUUGUAUACACAACAAGCAAUCAUAUAAAAUACAGCCUUACAAAUGGUGACAACGGAAUUAUAAGAACUCUGGAUCUCCCAAUCUACAUAACAAGAGUCAAGGGAAGCAGUGUUUAUUGUUUGGACCGAGAAUGCAAGACUAGAGUGAUGAAUAUUGAUCCAACUGAAUUCAAGUUUAAACUAGCCUUGGUCAACCACAGAUAUGACGAGGUUUUGCAUAUGGUUCGAAACGCUAAACUUGUUGGUCAAUCCAUUAUCUCCUAUCUGCAGAAAAAAGGAUACCCAGAGGUGGCACUUCAUUUUGUAAAAGACGAUAGAACAAGAUUUGGUUUGGCAUUGGAGUGUGGAAAUCUAGAGGUUGCAGUCGAAGCUGCCAAGACUUUAGAUGACAAAGGAUGCUGGGAGAAACUCAGUGACAUGGCAUUGCAACAUGGAAACCACCAGGUUGUUGAAAUGUGCUACCAGAGAACAAAGAACUUUGAUAGGCUAUCCUUUCUGUAUCUUAUCACCGGCAACAAUGAAAAGUUGAGGAAAAUGCUGAAAAUUUCUGAAAUUCGAAAAGAUGUGAGCGGGCAUUUGCACAAUGCUUUGUACAUCGGAGAUGUGGAAGAGCGAAUAAAGGUUUUAAAGCAAGUUGGACAAGGUUCUUUGGCCUACCUCACAGCUGCCAACCACGGACUUGCUGAUGAGUGCGCUGAAAUAAUGUCAACAUUCAAUCUAGAUCCAGAGAAGCUUCCACCUGUAAAUCCAAAUGCAAAGUUGAUGCGACCCCCCGUCCCUAUCAUGCAAAACGAAGGGAACUGGCCUCUUCUUGCCGUUAGCAAAACACUCUUUGAAACAAAAGGCGGACUGAAAGAUUCUGCGACUGCUGGUCUGGAUGCUGGAGAUAUCGGCGAAGCUGGUGGAGAAGGCUGGGGUGAUUCAGACCUCAUUAUCGAUGAAGAGGGUGGAUUUGGAGAAGACGCGGAGGAGAAGCUUGCUUUGGACGAAGAAGGUGGUGGCUGGGAUGUCGGGGAUGACGAUCUUGAACUGCCUCCUGAUAUGGAUGUCGGUCUACCGAGUGCUGAUGGAGAGGGUUAUUAUGUGCCGCCUACCAAAGGACUCAGUCAGUCUCAGGUCUGGGUGACUAAUUCACACUUGCCUGGUGAUCAUGUUAGCGCAGGCUCCUUUGACAGUGCAGCUAGGCUCCUAAACGGCCAGCUAGGCGUUGUCAACUUUGCGCCUUACAAGCAGCUAUUCACGUCAACAUACGCACGCUCAAGAACUUCGAUUCCCGGAUUGCCUUCGACACCAGACCUCUUUGGAUAUCCACAUCGUAACUGGAAGGAGGCUGGUGCCAAGAGUGGCCUCCCCUCAGUCAGCUUGAAACUCAACGACCUCGUUCAGAGACUGCAGUCUGCCUACCAAUCGACAACUAUGGGUAAAUUUCAAGAUGCGAUCGAAAAGCUCCACGGAGUACUUCUCAGUAUCACGUUGUUGGCAGUUGAUACAAAACAGGAAAUCUCAGAGGCACAAGAGCUCCUUGGCAUUUGCCGAGAAUACAUUGUCGGUCUCCAAAUGGAACUUAUUCGCAAAGAUCUUCCAAAGACCAAUGCGGCACAGAUGAAACGUGUUUGUGAGCUUGCGGCCUAUUUCACACACUGCAAUCUACAGCCAAUUCAUCUCAUUCUCACACUCAGGACAGCUUUGAACCUUUCAUUCAAGAUGAAGAACUUCAAGACAGCUGCGUCCUUUGCUCGCCGUCUUUUAGAACUCGGACCGAAACCAGAUGUCGCUCAGCAGACACGAAAAAUUCUCCAAGCAUGUGACAAGAACCCAGUCGACGCCGUCCAGUUUGAUUAUGAUGAGCUAAAUCCAUUUUCCGUUUGCAGUAUUUCUUACACUCCAGUUUACAGGGGUAAGCCACAAGAGAAAUGUCCUUUAUGCCAAGCUGUUUAUCAGACAGAACACAAAGGCAAAGUUUGCACAGUUUGCAAGGUUGCUGAAAUUGGAAGACCGGGACAAGGCUUGAAAAUAAGUGUUUCACAAUUCAGAUAAUGUGACAAUUGUUUUGAGACAUUAUUCAGUAACUGGCUUAGAGGGUUUCCAGGAAAAGUGAGUUGCUGCCAGAGAGAACGAUAGAUACUGUCAUCUGAUAAUUUGUUUUCGAAAUCUUAUAGAAUUAUAAUUAGAUAUUGCUAAUAAUGAAAAUAUGGACCACUUUUUCUUGUUGUAUCGAACUGAUUAAAUCAUUAUUUACAUGUUUGCAAGCUAGUCAAAUUUGGAUCUUUCGGUUGAUAUUAUGACAUAUGUGAUAUUUCCAACCUUCAGUCUUCAGACUUCAUUAUCGAUAACGUCGUUAAUAGAGAUCUGGACAUAUUUAACAUAGAAAAAAAUUACACUGCUAUCGUCAAAUAUAAAAACGCUCCCCUUGGUAAGAUGUGGCUUGCUAGUGGCCUUUAAACAUGAACUGUGCUUUGUCAACUUUAAAAAACUCGUUGAUUACCAUUUCCCUUUCUUUGCAUUUAUAGCUGUAUGAAGACCCGGGACCUAAACCUCCACGUUUUAUUAUAUCAGUUUCGAAAUAGUUCUUUUACGGCAUGCUAAAUAUGUAUAAUUCUGAAGAGUUAAUGAGAAACUUUAGAUAGUAGCUGGGUAUUCUUUGAGCUAUUCUCUUAUAAAUCUCGAAAGAUUUUAUUAUCUUA